UCAAAAACAAAAACAAAUCCCUGUGUAGAUUGAAUUGUCACAAAGUUAUUAAUUCUUAUCAGUAAAAGAUAUAAUUCCGAGACAUUUUAAUAAGUUUUGAAACCUAAGUAAUCUUUAAAUUAUCAUUUUUACACAAAUUAUGCGGGUUCAUUAAAUUUUAUGACGCAUGACAAAAAAGUGUUAGGUUAUGCGACCUCGUCGUAUUUUUAUCAAAGUUCUGCCGCGUCGCUACAUUAAAAAACUUUUCGAUGUUUGCUGGAAUUAGUUUAUUUUCAACGGCGCUCAAGCACGUUUUAAAAAUGACUCCCAAUGUGGUAUUUGUGUUGGGUGGUCCAGGAGCUGGCAAAGGAACUCAGUGCCAAAAGAUUGUAGAACAUUUUGGUUAUGUGCAUCUUUCUGCUGGAGAUCUUUUACGAGAAGAGCGCUCCAAACCCGGAUCGAAAUACGGAGAGCUCAUUGAAACGUACAUUAAAGAAGGCAAAAUAGUACCUGUUGAAAUAACAUGCAGUUUACUGGAACGAGCCAUGGUACAGUCAGGCAAACAAAACUUUUUAAUAGAUGGUUUUCCACGCAAUCAGGAUAAUUUAGACGGCUGGAAUAAAGUUAUGGCCAACAAGGUGAAUCUACAAUUUGUGAUUGUAUUCGAUUGUCCCUUAGAAGUUUGUACAGAACGGUGUUUGAAACGGGGAACGUCAAGUGGUAGAGUGGAUGACAAUGUGGACAGUUUAAGAAAACGCAUUAAUACUUUUUUGUCUGAAACUAGACCUAUAAUUGAUUACUAUGCGAAGCUCAACUUAGUAAGACAAAUAGAUGCUACCAGGCCAGAGGAAGAAGUGUACAAAGAUGUAGAACAUUUAUUUCAGGCAGGAGCCGGUGAUAACUAACAAUUCUUAAAAAGAUAGAUUGUGAAAUUAAGUUUGAAUUUAUCAUUCCCAAUUUUUAAAUAACUUAAAAACAUCUUUGGCAUUUUUUAGUUAAUUUUGUAUUUAGGGUACAUAACUAAAGGUGGAUUUUGUUUCUUAGUAGAUUUACGUUAUAUGUAUGAUAUAUAACACUGUUUAUUUAUUCAGUAUUAUGUUUAAAGUAAUAAUUUAAACUACAUUAAAGCACACAUCUUAAUACAGCAUAGUUUAAUCACCAUUUUGUGUUUUUAGUUUAUUAGAGGAAUAAUUGAUCAUAUUUAAUCAGAUUUUAGGUGUCUUUAAUACAUUUUUAGCCAAUGUUUUCUUCAUAUUUUUGUAUGGUUUUGUGAUUUAUUUUUAAGUUAACUAACUAAUUUGAAACCAAAAAUUACAUGACGGUCUCUUUAAAAGUUGUGAAUAUAGUUGAAUUAUUCAAG